UAAUUCUAACCUUAAAAGCUGGGGUGUUUGACAUUUUAAAUUUCUUGUCAUUUAAAAAAUUCAAACGACGUAGAUAUUUUUCAUCGAGAACUAUUAUAUAGUACGUUAUGUUUAAAAAAGACCUUUAAAUUCAAUUUAAAAAUACGCGAUAUUUUUCGUCCUACGCCGAGCUUUUCCUAUUUUCCAAUGUGGUUCUGUAUUGGUGGAUAAUUAAACAUAUCCGUCAAUCAUAAAAAAAAAUUAAUUUGUAUAAAUAAUAAAAGAGAAAAAUUGUAUAUAAAAAAUGGAGGAAUACACAAGGGAACCUUGCCCUUGGAGAAUCGUGGACGACUGUGGAGGUGCUUUUACAAUGGGUUUAAUCGGGGGAGGUGUUUUUCAAAGUAUAAAAGGAUUCCGUAAUGCUCCUUCAGGAAUAAAUAAAAGACUUAUUGGUAGCUUAAUGGCUAUAAGACAGAGAUCCCCUAUAAUCGCUGGUAAUUUCGCCGUAUGGGGAGGUAUGUUCUCUUCAAUAGAUUGCGCUUUAAUCCAAGUUAGAAAGAAGGAAGAUCCUUGGAAUUCGAUAAUAAGUGGGGCGGCGACAGGAGGUAACGUUUCACCUGAAAAGACGCCAGCCGAAUCCUAUGGAUUUGGGGGAUUUUAUUUUGUUUUUAUUUCAGGAAUUCUGGCCGCCCGGAACGGUCUUCCUGCUAUGGCGGGCAGCGCUUUCAUAGGGGGAGUACUUUUAGCUCUAAUAGAAGGUAUCGGUAUAUUAUUUACCAGACUUACUGCUGAACAGUAUCAACCACAGUUACCACCCAUGGAAGAUCCAUCCGUAUUGGGUGAUCAACAGUCGGGAAAUCCGGGAAGUUAUUCUUUUCAAUAGGGUUUCUUGUUAGUUUGUUGAUUAGUUGUAAAUUUAUUUCUUAUUUAAAUAAAAAAAAAUACCGAAGCAA